AUGCACUAUCAUCUAUCGACUUUUGGAUUCUCGACACAGGAAUUUGAAACAGAGUUAGUAGAAUUUGGAAUUCAGCUGGACAGUGGCGAGCUGAAGCCAGUAACAGCUCAUACCGUCAAAGAGAUCCUACCACCGUUACGUGCUAUUCGGAUGGAUUAUUCGUCGGAUAUGGAUGAACGUGACUCCGCUGUUAGAAGCUGCGUCUGCGCACUGGCGCAUCCUGAUAUUCUAAUUGGUAUCGACUAUCUGUGGGAUUUCUUAUUGCCUCAACAGACUCAUCAGCUGCCAAACGGAUUUACCAUUGUAGAGUCUACAGUUAGUCCACUCAUUUGCGGAAGAGGCGAUCUGCGGCUUACAGAUCGCGAUCGCUCCGACAGCUCAUUAACAACAGUGCCAGUAAGCGCCGGUAUUCAUGAAGACUUCAGUCCAAAACGAGAUAACAGAAAUCGCAUGCAAGAUUUUUGCGACCUAGAACGGAUAGGUGUAACGGAAAAAACUCAAGAAGACGAAAUUGCUCUGAACCACUUUAGCAAUACCGUCACCUUUAAAGAGGGGCGAUACGUGGUCCACUAA